AUGACGACAGCUUCCACUGCCUCAUCUUACGCUACUGAACAGUACCAUCACUCUAUGACUGAAUCUAAACCUCAUGCUUCUAUGUACUCUUAUGAUGACACCACGGACGAAAGUGUACGAAAACAAUAUGAAAAUAUGUCCUAUGAUGAGAUGUCGAAGCAUCUGGCCGAGAGCUACAAGCAGUUAACGGAGGUCCUUCACAACAGUCGCCACAGCGUUCCUUUGGAUAUUGACGAUUCUACUCUCCAAAUCCAUGGCGAAGAAGAAGUCCUCGAUGACGAGCAGCUACUGAACCACGCCGACGACGAAACAAAGCGUAGUCAGUUGAACAAAAUCUUCUCGCGCGCUGCUUCCAGUGGUGACCUUGAGAAAGUGACACAGUUAUUAAACGAUAAGCGCACAAGACCUUUUAUCGAGAUUGAUGCUAAAGACCACGAUGGGACAACACCUUUGAUAUAUGCAGCUUGUUUUGGAAAAGCCGAAAUUGCCCAAGCACUGUUGACAGCAGGUGCAAAUAUAGAUAUUCAGGAUUCCUUCGGCUGGUCAGCAUUGAUGUGGGCCACGAGUAACAAUCAUAAUGAUCUUGUCAAGAUUCUUUUGGAACACGGUGCCUCGGCGCAAACAAAAUCAGCUAAAGGAAGAACUGUGUUUGAUUUCGUCAACACCGACAAUCAGAAAAUUGUGGAUAUUCUUGCCGUCAAUCCCCGGGACAGCGUGUCUUCAACGAGCAGUAUACUUGGACGAACGACGGUCGGAAGCGUUUCUUCCACUUCUUCGACUGCGGACGAUUGCGAUUUUUACUAUCAAUCGACCGUUGAAGCAUUUGACAGCUUCAUGGCUGAAGAAACUGAAAGAAGACAAAAGCUGUUGGAAUCAGCAAUGGGACCUCUUACAUUUGACGACGACGAUGACGAUGACGAUAAGGAUGACGAUUUUCAACAAGAUACCGAGUUUUGCUGGGACAAAUGCAUGCCCGAUCAGAUGUUUGUUUUUUCUGCAGACGAUCUAAAUCACAUACUGGACACUGUCAUCAACAACGUCCAAUUGCCGGUGGCGUCCCGACAAGAGAUAUGCAUUCCGGCCAAUGUGAUCUUUUUAAGCGCACGUUUUGCCCAUUACUUCUCGACUUCCGACCUUUUAAGCGAAUGUCUCGAUGGUGCAUUGAGCCGUAUGCGAAAACUCAUCAAGGAAAAUGCUCAUAAUGUUCACGUUCUCAGUUUCUGGAUUACGAAUUUCACUCAACUAUUGUACUAUCUGAAAAAGGACGGGGGUUUGGUCGUCGCCACCGCAGAGUACCAGUUGACGCUGUCGGAACUGAUCUCGGAAACGUACAUGUUCAUCAUUGGCGACACGGAGCGUCGACUGGCCAAGAUGCUCGUACCUGCUAUGUUGGCCUUUGAGCAGAUCCCCGGCAUGGAAGAUCUCAACUUUGUCGAUGAUUGGCAACGUUUCUUCCGUCGAAAUAAUCGACGUUCAACUUUUUUUCAAUCUGAAGAGACCAACGGUGUGUCCAUGAAGAGAACAGGCAGCACGUCUAGUAUGUUGGCAACGGAUGCUUCAGACGUUACCUCGCCUCGAUCCAUCACCAAUUUGCUGUCUACAACAUUCCACGUUCUUCAGGAAUACGAAGUCCAUCCUACCAUUAUCAUCCAGGCCUUGGCGCAGUUUUUCCAUUACAUGUCUUGCGAAGUAUUCAACCACAUUUUGACUACAAAAAAGAUGCUGAGUCGCUCCAAGGCGCUUCAAGUCCGUAUGAAUUUGUCUCACAUUGAAGAUUGGGUGCGUCACAACCGGUUGCCAUCGAGUUUGAACAGCUACUUGACGCCAUCCACACAACUGCUGCAGUUGCUUCAAUGUUUGUCACAGCUCAACGAUCUUGCCAGCUUCAUCAACACUGUCAAAAAGUUUGACGCUCUGAACGCUCUUCAAAUCAAACGAUGUGUCCUGAACUAUCGUUACGAAGUGAACGAGCCACGAUUGCCCGAAGAAAUUGAAAAGUACGUUCAACAAUUGGCCGAGGAUACCAUCCGCUAUAAACAAGCAAGAAAGCUGCGAUCCGUUGAAAGAGCCCGUCGCAGUGCGCCUCCAAUGUCGCGAACUCAGAGUGCCCUGUUACAACGAUCCCGAUCGCGUCAUGAAAGCAUGACCAACUUCGUGGGAUCGUUGAUGUCGUCUGUUGGCAUCACUGCCUCGACUUCGCUUCCUCCGUCAUUGCCCUCCACGCCCACAUCCACUGCGCAUUCCAGCGAACCAUCCUCCAACAGUAAAUCCUCUACAUCGUCGGAUGAAAAGCGUGAUGUUGCUCCAACGAGCGAUGUAGUAUCAACGUCCAAGGACGAGGAAGAUACAGACGACGAUGAUGAGGAAGAGAAGAAUGUAAAAGAGACACGCGACUCCAAAUUCAUGUUACCGUUUUCCGUACCUACAACUGCGCAUAUGGCGUUCAAUUACAGUUGGGCGCCCGUCGAUGCCAACCAUGACAAGGCGCAUCGAGUCACGCCAGUAAUCCCGGAAAGUUGGAUGGAUAGACUAGACAAGGGAACGGCGUGCGAUGCUUAG